AUGUUAGACUGCUUCAGUAGAAUGACGCUGGAAGUUAUACUCUCCACCGCGUUUGGUGUCGAAACUGACAUUCAAAACGACAAAGGUAAAAAGGUGAGGGAGGUUUUUCGCACUCCUUGGAUAAUGGUCAUUUUAAGACGGUUUCCUUUUGGAAUAUACCUUAUAAGGAUUCUGGCACAAAUCAUGCGCACUCCAAGGUACUUUGAAAAGGUCGCCUCAGAGAUCUUACAGCAAAGGAGAAAAACUGGGCCAACAGGAAGACAAGAUUUGAUGCAUUUGAUGCUGACAGCGAACGAGGAUUCAACUGAAAAGGGAUUAUCCAAACUCACCGAUGAAGAGAUAAUUGGCCAGUGUCAGAUGUUUCUUUUCGCAGGUUACGAAACUUCGAGCAAUACUUUGGCCUAUAUCACCUACCAGCUGGCCCUGAACCAGAAUGUACAGGACAAAUUAAGAGAGGAGAUCAAGGAAGGAGUCAAGAGAAACCCUGAAAGCUCUCUGUACGAUCUUUUUCAUGACAUUGAGUAUCUGGAUUGUUAUAAAUGA